AAUGGCCAUAUUUCACACCUCUACACGGCAACCUGAGAUCAGUGCAUCUCUUCACUCAGACGUUCUUCUGCCCUGCGUCUUCAGCCUGGCAAAUAGUAAAAAUGAACUGAAGUAUGUUAUUAUCACCUGGAAAGCUAAUGGAGUGAUAAUUGCACAAUACAUGAAUGGAGAAGUGAAAGCCUCCAGCAGAGCAGAAAUGUUAGGAAGUGAACUGCAGAUGGGCAAUGCUUCCUUGAUCCUCAGGAAUGUCAGCCUUAAUGAUAAAGGUGACUAUGAGUGUGAGGUAUAUGAAGUUCCAAACUUGGGAACAGUGAAGGUGUCACUUAAAGUUACAGCUGCUCCACAGGUCUUCCUAAAUCCAAAGGUAAUUGGUUUUGACAGGCCAGUCGCCCUGGAAUGUCAUGCAGUGGGCUUCUACCCCCCUGGAAACAUCUCUGUGGAAUGGUGGUCAGGUUCAAGACCCCUCCCUAACCAGAUACCUUUGCAGUUGUACCAGAUUCAAGACGGUAGCUACAGAACAGUGAGACACCACAUUUACACAUCAUUUGGGAUGGUUGUCAAUGAUACGUUGUCCUGUCGGGUGACCCACGAAUCUCAGGGAGGAAAGCCAAUUGUAGUCCCAUUGCAGGUCUGCAAACCAGUCAUGACGGUGUCCCCUCAAACUGUGACCAGAGGAGGAAAGCAUAAUAUUGUGUGCAAGCUGGAAGGUUGCUUCAGCAAUGCUGUUAUCAGCUGGAUAAAUAAAAAUAAAUCUAUCAAACAAUACACAUGCAUGAGCACAUGGGACUGUGUGAACAUCAUAACAGGAGAGAAGAAGAUGGAUGAGUUUGAUGAACUCUUCUGUAAGGCAGAAGUGGAAGGGUUUGACAUGAACAUCACUCAGCCUGUCAAAAUCAUUAAUCAGGGUGGAGACAGAUGCCCUUGGAUCACAAUACUUGUGUUAUUUGGAGUAUUGCUGAUUAUUUCAUUUUGUCGUGUAUGUCUGGGGGUACUACAAAAAGUUUUGAUGCCAAGAGUUCUAUGCAUUACACAGAUUUAAAUGAAGAUGUCACAAAACAACAGAGAUUUCAUGUGAAAAAAUGUUUAAUGGCGAUGAUGUAUUUGUUCUUAAAAGGGAAGUUGGUCAAACAAAUUUAUGAUGAUAUGUCAAGUACAUCAGAUGAAAUGUGCCCUUCCUACUCUACAGUGAAAAGCUGGGAUUGUUUGAUUUAGGACCGGGCAAUUCAGCACAGAUGAUGAAGAAUGUCCAGGGAAACAAAUUGUUCAGACAGAAGCUAUCACCAUACCUGCUGACUUCUGUGCCUCGAACAUCUGUUGAUGUGAGGAACCACUGCGUCUAAGACCUCAUGAAUCAAGUAGCCUACACAAAGUGCUAGGUUUGUUUUGGUUUUGAUCUUUGUUUGAUUUUGACUCUGAUUUUUGGUUGCUAAUUAUUUUUUGAUCUUGCGGUUUUGACCUUUGCCUGACCCAGACUACAAUUUUGCUGCUUGUUAUUAUGUCCUGGUCCUUAGUCACUCACAAUAAAUCUAGACACUUUGUCUCAUCACAGUUUAGUAAUGAGCAGAAGAAAAUAUUAUUAUUUGAUUGGCUUCUUUUUGAGUUAAAGGGACUGUGCUCAGAGAAUUAAUACAGUUUAUGACAACUGUUGGAGCUUGAAACUGGCCUAUGGACGGUCUGAAGACAUUGCUCUGCUGUGUUUCAGAAAAUGCCUCCAAGUUACUGAAGACGGACAGCCAUGAUGUCCUGUGGACUGUAUGUACAUAUGAACAAGAAAGUUAAAUAAAGCUAAAUAUUUUGCCA